UACUGAUGCUAUUUACAAAUAUCGGAACUCUAUGAGUCGUAGCGAAAAAUUAAUGGUACAAAUGUUGAUGGGACAACACUGGCGUAAUAUGCUUGACGAAAAACUUCGUUCAAGACGUAAAAUGAGGAACAAUUCUACACAAACUGAUGAUUUUUUAACUGAUGCCCAAAUUCAGACUGAACAAGUUAGAAGUUUACGUCCAAUUUCCUCUUUGUUUACAAACCGUUCUGUGGAAGGAGAAGAAACUGAUGAUGAUGAAGUUUCCGAUUCAAUUGGUCAACUUCCAUCAACUCCAAUCUCAAAAUGUAGUGGAAGUAUUUAUCGAAGAAAUAAUACAAUGCCUAAUGCUGUAGCACGUCAGCAUGCACGGGGAAGGGGGUUGGGACGUAAACGAAUGUAUAUUUACAAUACUGGUGAUUAA